AUGCAGGCCCUGCUAUUCCUGAUGGCUCUUCUCUUGCCUUCUGAAGCUGGAGCUGAGGAGAUUAUCGGUGGUGUGGAGUCUAGACCACACUCCCGUCCUUACAUGGCCCAUCUGGAGAUCAUCACUGAGAGAGGUUACAGCUGUGGUGGGUUUCUCGUGACCCGCCAAUUUGUGAUGACUGCUGCACACUGUAAGGGAAGAGAAACCACUGUCACCCUUGGAGUUCAUGAUGUGAGCAAGACAGAAUCCACACAGCAGAAGAUAAAAGUCGAAAAACAAAUUGUUCACCCAAAUUAUAACUUCUAUUCCAAUCUCCAUGAUAUCAUGUUACUGAAGCUUCAAAAGAAAGCCAAGGUGACUCCUGCUGUGGAUGUAAUUCCCCUGCCUCAGCCCUCUGACUUUCUCAAGCCUGGAAAGAUGUGCCGGGCAGCUGGCUGGGGGCAAACUGGAGUGACAAAACCUACCUCAAAUACACUGAGGGAGGUGAAACAGAGAAUCAUGGAUAAAGAGGCCUGUAAAAACUAUUUUCAUUAUAACUAUAACUUCCAGGUCUGCGUGGGCAGUCCAAGAAAGAUAAGAUCAGCAUAUAAGGGAGACUCCGGAGGACCACUAGUAUGUGCUGGGGUGGCCCAUGGUAUUGUAUCUUAUGGACGUGGAGAUGCAAAGCCCCCUGCAGUCUUCACCCGAAUCUCCCCAUAUGUGCCCUGGAUUAAUAAAGUCAUAAAGGGCAAGGAUAUGACCAGCCUGAGUCUGUACGAGUCAGAGUCUCCAAGCUAGAGAACUCUUUUGAUAUUCCUUGGGAUCAACAAA